UACUUCCCAUAUGGCAACAAACGGCAGAUUUGAGACAAGAUCUGCCUGAACAAAGUAUGGAUGAUGACGAAAUCAAGCGCCAAAUACGUCAAGACAUUAUUCUAUCAGCGCAGAUAUUCAAGCAAGCUAUUUCGCAGCAGCCUAUUAAUAUGGAACAAUUUCCCUCAAGGACCUAUUUACAUAGAAGCUCUUGAAGCUCUUCAGCCUGUUUUUGAUAUUUAUGGUAAAGGCUACAACUUUGGCGAAUGGGGACUUUAUUAUGAUGUCAUGCGUAACCCUGUAAACCACUUUAAGGCUAUCUAUCAACUUUCUCGUCUCUUUGAACAUCGUUGUUUGCCCGUCUUCAACUAUUUUUCUCUCCAUCGCUCAUGGUCUCCUUGUUACGUUAUCAUCGACAGUAAGAUUCUCUGCCAAAGCAUCCUGGGAAUUCAAUGGUCUAAUGCUGUCGAUAAAUUGGGCUCCUGGCGCCGAGUUGUCAACCUUGAUUCAAAAGCCCUCAAACCGCAAGAAGGUGGGCAACUUAGAUUCCGUGGCACUAUUCAAACUGAUGGCGUUGGCGUCACGGUUCUCAAGAAGAUAUUCGACAGGCAAACAAGACACACAGCAAGGUUCAUAGUGGAGUAUGAAGCUACCUCCUACAUCACCGCUUUAACCUGUCGAAAUCAUCAAGAGAUUUCUGGUUGAUGAGUGCCUGUGGGCCCAGGAAGAAGAGAUAUAUUGUAUUGUGUAC